AUGCCAAUUAUCGAUCCACGUUCUGGACCGUCCUACGGCACUAUGGAACCAGACAUGGAGCAUGAAAGAGAGCAACUGCUGCGGAAUGAAAACGAAGUUGAGGGCCAGACCACUGGACAAUCUGCACCGGACGAUAUACAAGAAGGAGUCCAAAAAAUUGAGGCCAUCAAUUUGACUUGGACAGCCAAGUCUCUGAUGGUGGCCUACGUCAGCAUAUUCCUCAUGGCCUUCUGCACAUCACUAGAAGGACAGACGGUAAUGUCGCUAUCUGCAUAUGCAACAAGUGCAUUCAGUAAGCACUCGUUGAUCUCGACGGUCCUCGUUAUUCAAAAUGUGGUAAAUGCCGUCAUUAAACCUCCGAUGGCAAAGGUUGCCGAUGUGUUCGGUCGCUUCGAGGCCUUCUGCCUGAGCAUUCUCAUAUACGUGCUGGGAUAUAUUCAGAUGGCCGGCUCCACCAACGUUCAGACCUAUGCUUCGGCGCAAAUAUUUUAUUCCGCUGGCUCAACUGGACUGCAAAUCUUACAACAGGUGUUUAUCGCUGAUAGCAGUGAUCUGCUGAACCGUGCUUUCCUCGCGCUUCUCCCCGAAUUUCCAUUCCUCGUGACGGUCUGGCUUGGACCAACCAUCGCCGGUGCCGUCCUGCGCACCAGUUCAUGGCGAUGGGGAUAUGGUAUGUGGGCUGUGAUCUUGCCUGCAUCAUUCCUCCCAUUGGCUCUCACGUUGUUGUUCAACCAGCGCAAAGCCCAAAGAUUAAACCUGAUCAAGAAGCGAACCAAGAGACACACGAGCUUUGUUGGCAUCCUGCGCCGGACAUGGUAUGAUCUAGACGUCGGUGGCCUGGUGCUUCUCUCCGCGGCAGUCACUUUGAUCCUGGUGCCAUUGACUCUGGCAGCCACCGCCAAAAACGGUUGGAAGAAUGCGGGCAUUCUGGUCAUGAUGGUUCUCGGUGUUGCCUGUCUCUGUCUGCUGCCAUUGUGGGAGUCUAACAAGAAAUUGGCACCCAAGCCUCUUCUGUCUCUCCAUCUUCUCAAGCAGAAGACCGCGCUUGCAGGAUGUGCAUUGGCCUUCUGGUAUUUCAUGGCAUUCUACUUUUCCGUUCAGCCUUAUCUAUACUCCUACCUCCAGGUUGUCCAAGGGUAUGACGUUGCCACAGCUGGUCGCGUCACCCAAACCUUUGCUUUCACAUCUACAAUUGCUGCAUUUAGUGUGUCUCUUCUCAUCAAGUACACUCGAAGAUACCGCAUCUACGUGACUAUUGGAUGUGUCGUCUACAUGACCGGUCUGGUUCUGAUGCUCACAUGCCGCGGAGAAGGGGCCUCGCAUCUCCAAAUCCUAGGCACCCAGGUCAUCGUCGGCAUUGGUGGUGGUCUGGUCAACGUUCCCGUUCAACUGGGUGUUCAAGCGUCAGCCAGCCACCAGGAAGUUGCCGCCGCGACCGCGAUGUUCCUAACUUCUAUGGAAAUGGGAGGUGCAGUUGGUGCCGCCAUUUCCGGUGCUGUGUGGUCUUCUGCCAUCCCGCAUAAGCUUCUGCAGUACCUUCCCGAGGAAACCAAAGAUCAAGCUGGCGAUAUUUUCGGCAAGCUGACUACCGCCCUGUCCUACCCAAUGGGAUCCCCUACUCGCAUUGCCAUCAACCGCGCCUACCAGGAGACCAUGCACCGACUCUUGACCCUAGCAGUCAUCGCCACCCUUCCUCUCAUCCCACUCAGUCUCAUCAUGGUGAACUACAAACUUGACAAGAUGGGCUAUGGUAACUCCGAACCACAAGGUCAUCUGGUUCCAGCCGAGCCAGAACAAGGCUCCGAGGACGGACACUCGAAGCGAACUUGA